GGGGGGGGUAACUGCCACCAUUGCCCCCCCCCCCCUUGCCCACAGACUCCCGUUGCAUGUGUACGAUCAUGAUGAAGAAACACACUGUAUGAAAAAACACACGGUGUAGUAUGAAAAUUAAUGUCACAAAUAACAAACAUGAAAUAAACAUAAAUUUAAGAUGACAGACAACCCCUCUCUUCUUGAUUUGAUGAUUCACAAUAUGUACUUACUUCUAACAAAAGAACUCACUUGCAGGUACAACGAAUAUCCUAUACACAGAAAAUAAUUACAGAUAAAAAUCUGAACUCUCAUAAUUUUUAUUUGGUGUUAUUUAGGGGCGGAUCCAGGAUUUUCCAAGGGGGGGGCAAUUUUUUCGGAGGAAAAAUUUGACAAGCCAAAAAGAGGGGGAAAAACUUCGGUUUUAAUGGCAUUUUUACAUUAAUUUUAAUUUUGCUUCUCAUAGGGGAGGGGGGCACGUGCCCCCUGGAUCCGCGCCUAGUGUUAUUGAUUUAAUUGGGACGUCAUAGAGCAGCCCAUUAUGUAAUAUAAAAAGUCUAAAUAGUAUUCUCUCUCUCAUUUAUGAGCCCAUGUGCUUAUCCAGGAACUUUUUGAAAAGAAAAAAAAAUUAAAAGAGAUAUUCACUACCAAUUCGAGGUUAUUUGUUGCAGGAAAAAUUGACAAGCAAAAAAUGGGGGGCCCAAAAAAGUAGGCCUUCCCUACCAGAUCGAUGUCAUUUUGUUUGAAUUGGCAGUUUGAAAAGCAAAAUACUAGUAAAGAGCAAAAGAAAAUAUACAAAUUUUGUAUUUACUUCCAACAAUAUAUGGGAUUUUAGAAGCUGCUCGCCUCCAAAAUCAAUGUUUCCUCGAACCUUCUCAAUUUUACCAUUUUUACACCAAACGUUUGAAACGGUGGAUUUCCCCGUCUAUAGAAUCUAGAUUUUUAGUCUAGAUCUAGACUACAGUAAAAGGUGUAUUUUACCGAAAUAGGGGGACGAAACAUUUGUCAAGCUAGGCCUAGCUAGUUUAUGUUAGACUUAGUUAGAGGCCUUGCUGAAAUGUUUGAUCAUAAUAUAAGUAACCAUGGAGCUAUGAUAUAACCAAGAGGUGGGAGAGCGCAGUUUUUUUUCUUUUGAAUAAGAGCGAUUAACCUCACCCUAAGUCUAGAAUUCCAGCCCCAACCAAGCCCCAUUACCUUACGUCCUUACCCCACAAAAAAAAAUGGUGGAAGAGACAAAUGUCAAUGAAUUCUUUCUUGGAUAUUUGGUGGCUCUGAAAAGAGCCGGUUUUGUUGAUGGGUUUAGAAGAGAAACUUCUUAACCUCCGAAUCCGUAGAGGGUACGUCCCUGCCUCUUGAGGGCGUAGACGACAUCCAUGGCAGUGACGGUCUUCCUCUUUGCGUGCUCGCAGUAGGUGACGGCAUCGCGGAUGACGUUCUCGAGGAAAACCUUGAGAACACCACGGGUCUCUUCGUAGAUGAGACCGCUGAUACGCUUGACACCACCACGGCGGGCAAGACGACGGAUAGCUGGCUUGGUGAUUCCUUGGAUGUUAUCACGCAAGACCUUGCGAUGACGCUUGGCGCCUCCCUUUCCGAGUCCCUUUCCUCCUUUACCACGUCCAGACAUGUUGAUUGUUGCUUGAUGAAUUUCAAACUGAAGCUGUUUCGUAUUUCAGUCCUAUUUAUAACCUGUAUGCGAACGUGAGUGACCGAGCAAAACUUCCUUUGUUCAGCAAACCAAGCGACCCGUCACGCUCGCUAUUUUCCCGCCUGCUCACUCGCGGGUAAUCUCGUGAAUAUUCAUUAGUUGUGGCAGGACCGAUUUCUUUCGCCACAGUUAAAUUUACCGACCAAAGUAGAGAGAAUUUGAUAUGAUCUAAUGAUGUUGAUUACAAAUCACGCUAAUAUAUAGGUAAAUCAAAAGUAAAAAUCAUAUGAAGAGGAAAUUGUGCCAAUAAACCGUACGCCGUUUGCUUACGGUGGUACCGUCUCUCAUAUGAAUUAUUCAUAAACACACGAUCGCUCGGUGAGCAGCUUCGGUAUAUACAUUUGUGUAUUUUACGAUAAAAUUGAAGCGAUUCUAAUUUUUUUAUUAAUAAGUCAAUGCAAAAACACAUUAUACAUCGUAUAGAUUCAAAUAUCUAAUAAAAAUUUACAAAACAAAAUAAAAAUUUGUACUUUUCUUUUCCAUUUUCAAAUCUGCAUUGCCGAAAAGACGGCUCCGCCUAACUCAUAAAUUAUUCAUGAAACGCACGAUCAAUUGGUGAGCGAUUCGUAUAAAUUUAUUCGUAAAAUUUCGAAAUUCCUUCGAUAUAUGUCUGCAUUUACUUAAUAGUUUCUUGUGAAAAUGUAUUUUGUAUUGUAUCAAAUCAUACAAAUGUGAAAAUUUACAUUGAAAAGUGAAAUAUUAUACAUUUUGUGGUCCCUUUUCCACGCCACGGAGCCGCGAGUUUAUUGCGUUAUUCAUGAGCGCAGUUGGCCGUAGCGAAAUUGACCAAUGACCGGAGAUAAUGUAAUUGACCAAUCGGAGAGGAGUAGUCUCGCAGUAUAAAUACCAGCGCGGUCCAUUUGAAACUUAUCAGUUGUAUAUCUGAAGAACCGACAAUGGCACGUACCAAGCAGACCGCCCGCAAAUCUACUGGAGGAAAGGCUCCACGCAAGCAGCUCGCCACCAAGGCAGCUCGCAAGUCCGCCCCAGCCACAGGCGGAGUCAAGAAGCCCCAUCGUUACAGGCCUGGAACCGUCGCUCUCCGUGAGAUCCGUCGCUACCAGAAGAGCACCGAGCUUCUCAUCCGCAAGCUCCCCUUCCAGCGUCUGGUCCGUGAGAUCGCUCAGGACUUCAAGACCGAGCUCCGCUUCCAGAGCUCCGCCGUCAUGGCUCUCCAGGAGGCCAGCGAAGCUUACUUGGUCGGUCUUUUCGAGGACACCAACCUUUGCGCCAUCCACGCCAAGCGUGUCACCAUCAUGCCAAAGGACAUCCAGCUUGCCCGCCGUAUCCGUGGCGAGCGUGCUUAAAUUUAUCGUCUCCUAAUAACGAUAACAA